AUGGAUGACUACAGAAGAACUAUCAGAAUCAAAGAAGGCACAAUCACAGCAGGAUUCCCGUUCAAUGAAAACGUUGGCAAACUCAAGGACAACUUCAACAUUGCCUUUCGCCGGCUGCAGGCUCUCCUUCGGACACUACGAAGCGACGACAAAAAGCUUCAGCUCUACAACAGCACCAUUGAAGACUACAUCAAAGAAGGAAUCAUCGAGGAAUGUACUCUACAACCAGCAGGAGUAACAUCCUUCUACCUUCCACAUCGACACCACAUUGAAGAGCAGGAUACUCCGAUUACAAAGGAACUAUCUAAGUCUCUCUACGUUGACAAUGUGUUGUUAGAAGGCAACAACCCGCAAGAGCUUAUAGAGAAAUACAUCGCUUCAAAAGAGCUCUUCUCUUCUAUCGGAAUGAACCUCCGCGACUACUUGUCAGAUUCUGCCGAAGUAAACGCACAAAUCAAGGACUUGGAUAGAGCAAAAAGCUGCGAACUCAAAGUGCUCGGAAUCAAGUGGAAAGCUGACGAUGACACCUUAAUCAUGGAAUGUGCAGACAAAGAACAAAUCAAGGUCACUAAAAGAUCUGUACUCAGCCAAAUAAACGGAUUCUGUUUCGACCCGCUUGGACUGCUCACUCCCUUGGUGAUACCGGCGAAGAUAUUCCUGCAGGAUAUACACAAGCAAAAGUUAGGAUGGGACACAAUUCUCCCAGAAGAACAAAUCCAGAGAUGGAAAGCAAUUAAGGAAGAUAUCGCCGGAUUCAAGAAAGCCAUACCACGCACAGUGCUGAACAAGACUCCCGAGGCCAAAUAUACGCUUUCUGUAUUUGUUGAUAGUUCCAAACGAGCUUACGCCUGCUGUCUUUAUACGACUACAUCAACGAAGAAUGGUACGAAAAACACAUCACUCUUCACGGCAAAAGCGAAAGUCGCGCCUAUCAAGAAGGAACAAACCAUUCCGAGACUAGAACUGCUGUCAAUAUUUCUCGGACUAUCUGUAGCCGAAACAACCAUGUCAAAAUGCGGAAUAAACUUCACAGAAGUUAACCUGUUCAGCGACUCAACGAUCGCACUAUCAUGGAUAGCUAGCAACAAAAAGCUUCCACCAAUUGUAACCACACUGGUUCAGAAAAUCAGCUUCGCCGCAGAAAGGAUCAGAGAAACAGCCAAACUUAACUUCUUCCACGUCCCAACGGAAGAGAAUGCCGCGGAUUGUGCCACAAGAGGAAUUAACAAGCAAGAUUUCGCUGCUUGCAGGUGGUGGAAAGGACCAACUUGGCUCAGUUACCCCAACGAGGAAUGGCCAGUACGUCCCAUCAGUGACGUCAAAGACAUUGACGAUGACGAGUGCGAAAUGCUCAUUCAAUAUACUACAGAGGAUCCUAACAAAAGCGAAUCCGACUGGCCAAUUGAUACAAUAAGCAGCUAUCCCAGAUUGAAGAGAAUUGUGGCAUACUGUCUACGUUUCAUCCGCAAGGCAAGCAAAAAUACCCGCUUCAAGAUCGCAGAUGAAGAUCAAGUGACAAGCCGUUCGCCAAAUGCAGCUGAAGUUAUCCUUGCUGAAAAGCAAAUCGUCUUGCAAGAGCAACGGAUUUACGGCACAGCUCUCGUCUCUAAAAACAAACAGUUCAAGACUGUGUUCGACAGCGAUGGAAUUCUACGAAAGUGUGGACGCAUACAACGUGCUGAAAUCCAGUCAGAGAUAGCUAAUCCCAUGUAUAUACCUAAACAAAGUAAGACUAUCGGACGACGGAGAUUAACAGACGAACUUCUUCAAACGUCGUUAUGUGAAAUCGAAAGCAUCGUCAACUCAAGACCAUUGACUCACAUAGGCGAAGAUGAUCCUUCUUGCCAAGUCUUAAGACCAGUGGACUUCAUCUAUAAGGACGUUCGGCUUGGAAGCACUCAACUUACACCCGCCGACGAUGAUGUACAGGAUCCAGAUUACCGGAUAAGUCCAGAACUCUCAUCACAAAAGGAAGCCAAAACAGCUCUUCUGGAAACCGAGAAGAUAACGAAAAAGUUCUGGAGUGUUUGGAAACACGACUACCUCCUUGAACUUCGCGACCGUCACCAUGUUUUCAAGAAUGGAAGAACCACAAAUCGCAAACCAGAAGUUGGAGACGUCGUACUGCUUGACGAAGACUCACAAUUGAACAGAGGACACUGGCCCAUGGCUGUUAUAACACAACUCGUACCAAGCAAAGAUGGAGAAAUCAGAAGCGCAAUUCUGAGAACCACAUCUGGAAGAGAGAUUCAAAGACCUCUCAAUCGCAUGGUUCCCCUAGAAAUUCGUUCAACGAUAGAAAACGAAUAUAAGAGACAGGAUCCAACGCCACAGAAAGGAGGAAUAGUGGCCAAGGUUAGAAAAGCGCUCAGAAAGAAACCUACAACUGCACCUGAACCUCGCAAGCAACCACAGAGAGCUGCGAAAAAGCCUGUAGACUACGCAUCUUCUAAUUCCUCCACCAUAAAGAGAAGCGUUUCACAAAUCAGCAAGUCAGUGAUGAUAACAAUAUGCCUGACAGCUCUUCUUUUCAUUGAUACGGCAUCCGCAAAUGUGCUAUCCUGCUCUGAACAUGGAGUGAAAGUCAACACGACUUCGGAAUCACAAUCACAACUAUGUCUCAACUACAAGGAUUGUCUGAAAAUUUCGACGAAGAAAGGAAUAAACGAAAUAGCACUCCCGACAAAGUACCGCACAACAGAACAUCGAGUUCAAUGGCGCACAAUGAUCGGAGCAACACAGUACUCCGACACCAUUAUUUGCCCACCAAGAGACAUUUGCGACAUGGUCAAAUGCAUAGUUUGUGCAGACUUGCUUCGGAAUCCACAUUGCGCCCCCAACACGGCGAUAGCAAUCACAGCAGUUUGCGCAUACCUUAUGAUGCUGCUCAUCUGGCUCAUUUGCUGCACUGGACUUCGAGGAAAACAGCUUCUGUGCCGAACUAACGAGAACGACAUGCGAACGGAAAAUCACGUUGCUUCAGCGAAUGAUCGACUUUCCGAGCUGCUAGGAAGGGAAUCCCGAUCCCUACCAAUCCAAUCGAAGAUGGUCACGUUUGUGGCUUUUGCGACAUGUCUCAUCAAGGAGUCACUUCAUGCCAAUACACUCACACACUCACGUCAAGGAACACCGUCUGCACAAAGAUCAACAACACACUCAGCUGCCGCUACACUAUCGAAAACAGAAUAA